AUGUCACAUUUAAUUCAAAACUCAUCAAGAUUAUCUUCAUUGGCAAUCAUGUCAAGAUAUAUGUCAAGAUCUAGUCAAGGUCAACAUAUCUUUAAGAUUAAGCAACAAGAAAACUAUUCAAAGAUCAUCAAGAACUUCCAAGAACGUAAUUCAUCUAAGCUCAAGAAGGAUAUAAAUAUCGAUAGAAUGAUCAAGAAGUUCCAACAAAAUCAAGCUUCACAACAAAAGAAAUUAGAAGUCACCAGCAAUGAGGCAACAAUGUCCUCCUAUUUCUAUUCAAUGUUGAAGUCUUAUUUCGUCCCAGUGGAGUCAAAGCAAUAA